UUGAAAGACAUCUGUGGUAAAUUACUCUUGGUUAGCUAACUAGCCAGUAGUAAGGCUGUAGGUCGAUAUCUAGCAAGUUGCAAAUAAAAUAGUUAAUGGACAACCCGUUAACGGCCAUUAUUGUUUUCAGAACAGAUUGAGUAGUUCGCGAACAUUAGUCCGACAUCAAAAAACGCUAUUAGAAGGAUUUCUUUGCACUGAUGGAUUCUUCUCCAGGAAGAAGCAGCGGCCCUGAGCGGAGUGAUUGCGACACCCCUGUCCCAGACAGUGACUCCCCGCUGCCCCCAGUGAAGGAGAGGCUGGCCUUCUUGCGCCCGUCGCGGGAGUUGCUGGAGUUUUACAGGCAGAAAGUUGCCCAGUUUGAUGGGGAGCAUGUGGAGCUCGUCGAGAUGCUGGAGAAGUAUAAGGCCACAUCGGAGGACCAGCACAAGCUUCAGUGGGAGGUGCGUCAGCGGGAGAGCGAGAUUGCGGAGCUGCAGAAGGCGCUGAGUGACAUGCAGAUCUACCUGUUCCAGGAGAGGGAGCAGGCUCUAAGGCUGUAUGCUGAGAAUGACAGACUCAAGAUCAGGGAGCUAGAGGACAGAAAGAAGAUACAGCACCUCCUGGCUCUGGUGGGUCCAGAUGUUGGAGAGAUCACUUACUUUUACCGGGAACCACCACACAAGGUCACCAUCCCUCAAAAGAAACUCCAGUCCAGCAGUCGAGACCAAACGAGGCCAGCAAGAACAGCUCCACGCAAGAAAGUGGCCAAACCAGAAGCGGGACGAGAGACCGCAGAGUCCCCAGACCAAUACAAGAGAGACAACCAGACCCUGAUGCUGCAGGUGGAGGCGCUGCAGGCCCAGAUGGAGGAGCAGACGCGGCUGGCCAAGGAGCAAGCAGAGUCGCUCCUGGAGGACCGGCGCAUCCAGGCAGAGGAGGCGCAGGUGCAGCGGAAGAGAGACGAAGACCGACUGGCAGCUCUCACCGACAAGCUGCAUCGCACGCAGAACCUGCUGUACGACAGCACCAAGGACUUCCUGCACCUGAAGUUCGAGACGCGGGCGCAGGAGAAGAGAUGGAUGGCCGAGAAGGACCAGCUGCUGCAGAAGCUCGACUCCUGUCAGGAGCGUCUGAGGGGGGGGCGGGGAUUCGCGGUCGGAGACGGAACCUCCCUCAUCGCACCUCCCGCCCCCAGGCAGUCCCACCAAGCCCGGCGGGAGGAAGUGAAGGCACUGGCGGAGGAGCUGAAGCAGGCCCACCGGCUGGCUGACAUGUACAGGGAGCAGUGUGUCGGCCUGGAGGCUGACCUGUCGCUGAUCCGGGAGGAGGGAGACGUGGGCAAGGAGCUCUUCAAGGAGCGUUCGAGCAAGAUCGCAAAAAGACUACAGCUGAUGACCCAGCGGUACGAAGCCCUGGAGAAGCGGAGGGCCAUGGAGGUGGAGGGCUUCAAGACGGACAUCAAGCAUCUGCGACAGAAGCUCAAAGAUGUGGAGAAGCAGCUCUUCAAGGUGGCACUGAACGUGGGGCCAGAUCAGGACUUGGCAAUUCUCCAAGAAGUGCGACAGACCAGCUCUCGCACCAGGAAGGUCCAGGGGGAGCUGAGGACACUGAAAGCCAAGAUCUACGGACUGGAAAAUGAGCUGAGAUACUGCUGAGAGACCCCUGAAGCUCCAUUUUAAGUCCUGCACUGUGCUCAGAUAUCCAGAUCUGUUUUUCAAAUGUUCAAAAUGGCAGUUGCAAUUUUUUUUUUUUUUAAUGAUUCCAAAUUAUGCUUUUGUACCAGCACAGUUUUACUAAAUGCUAUCUAUUGUCACAAGACGAGUACUGGCCUGUGAGAAAGUAUUUGGCCGCUUCCUGAUUUCCUCCAUUAUUGCAUAUUUGUCACACUAAAUGGUUUAUGAUAUUUAGACAAAACGUAAUACUACACAAAGGGAACCAUGAGUAAACACAAAACACAUUUUAAAAUUCCAUUUAUUCCAUGAAAAAGGUAAACAAACACCGAAAUCCCCCCUGUGAAAAUGUAAUUAAACUUAGCUGGUUGCACAAUCUUUUGCAGCAUAAAUGCAUCUAAAAUCAGUCCUUCACAUUGCUGUGGAGGAAUUUUAGCCCACUCUUUUUAGUACUGAUUUAAUUCAGACAAAUCUGUUUGUUUUUCAGCAUGAAAUGCUUGUUUCAGGUCCUGCCACAGCAUCUACAGUUACAGUCUACAGCGUGCCAUUUUUUUCUCAUGGGUGAUUUGGGUGUUUGAUAACUUUUUUCCUUUAACAAAUGUAAUGCAUAUAUAUUUCUUGUUACUCAGGUUUCCUUUGUCUAUUAUUACAUUUUGUCUAAAGAUUUGAAUCCAUUCAGUGUGACAAAUAUGCAAGAGGAAAUUAGGAAGGGGGCAAAUAACUUUUCAUGCCACUGUACAAAUGUAUGGUAAGAUCAGAAACCAUCUAAGUUUAAGAAACACUAAGAUAUGUAAUGCUAUCUAUGGUGUAGUAACAUGUGUAGUUGUGAUUUUGGCGCAAGAGAACAUUUCCGGAAAUCUGAAAAUUCCAGCAAAUGCACCUUUGAAACAAUGUGGUUAAAUUAAAAAUGUGGCAGUAGAUUUUGUACUACUAUGCAAUGUCAUUAACUCGAAUGUCCUUGUUUUUACUCUUAAGUUAUUAAUAAAAAAAUAUUUUUAAACAUG